UACAUAUUUGACGUGGGAGUGAUUUGAAUCGUAUGGAAUCUGUGUUUAAAAUAAAAAAACUGAUAUCAAACUGAAUCAUGAAUGGUUCAACAAUGGCGGGAAUGAGGAAAAGGCCAUUUCUUGGAAGUAUGUUCGAAAAAGAUCACUUUCAAAUUCUUAUAUUUUAUUGGUUUUGGUAUAUUAGUUUAAUUUAUUCAAAGGCUUCCUCUACUUUAACGCCAAUUUCCAUAAUUGUUUUGUUUUGUCAAAAGCCUUCUUAAUCCUCAAGUUGUUCCAAUUCCUGCUGAUUCUUUGGCCCAGGUCUUCCUUUGACUCUUUCCCUCUUUUAAUUCCCUUCUUUCCUUCAAAACCCAGUUCAAGUCUUCGCUGGUUUAUCAAUUAUACUCUUGAUCGUCUUAGUUCUUUGAUUCUGAAGGGUGGAAUUUUGAUCUUUAUAAGCAUUAGAAUCAUUCUCCUUGUCACGAAACGAUCAGCUGAAUUCAGCAUUUGCAUUUCCAGAAAUGUCACCUUUUAGGAAAUCCCCUAUAAAUGUUGGUAGGCACGGCUCAAGCCAACCUGCCAAUUCUGCUCGUUCCAGUCCAAACCCAGUUAAUUCAAAUGAUAAUUUAGACAAGAAGCAAAAGCAGUCCUCAAGAAUCACCUCUUCUCAUCAGGCAACUGCAGCACCAAAUCCCAAGUCAGCUCUUUUCGACGAUCAUCUUGAGAAAGGGACUGACUCAUCUUCAUAUUCUUCUUCUUCAAGUUCAUAUUCAUGGUCAUCAAGAAACAGAUACAAGAAUGAUUUCCGGGACUCAGGUGGGAUUGAGAAUCAAACAGUGGAGGAGUUGGAGAGUUAUGCUGUUUAUAAGGCUGAGGAGACAACUAACUCAGUCAACAACUGCCUGAAGAUUGCUGAGGAUAUCAGAGAAGAUGCAACCAAAACCUUAGUUGCCUUGCACCAACAGGGCGAGCAAAUCACUCGAACCCAUGUGGUCACUGCUGAUAUUGACAACGAUCUUAGUCGGGGUGAGAAACUUCUAGGAAGUUUAGGAGGAAUAUUCUCUAAGACUUGGAAGCCAAAGAAAGGUCGUCAGAUAACAGGCCCUGUUAUCUUUGAAGGGGAUCAUGCUGUUAUAAGCAAAGGCAACCAUUUGGAGCAAAGGGAGAAAUUGGGGUUAAGUCGAGCACCAAACCCACGGUCCUCACGUGCCCCACAUCCUGAGCCAACAAACUCACUUCAGAAAGUUGAGGUGGAAAAGGUGAAACAAGACGAUGCUCUAUCAGAUUUGAGCAACAUAUUGGGAGAACUUAAAGAAAUGGCUGUUGAUAUGGGAUCUGAACUAGACAAGCAAAAUAAAGCUCUGGAUCACUUGUUUGAUGAUGCUAACGAGGUCACAAUUCGUGUCGAUAAUGCUAACCAGCGUGCUCGCCACCUGCUUAGAAAGUAGAACGCUUUGCAAGGUCUCGUCUCAUUUUUACCAUCAACCAAUAUGAUGGUAAUAUGCUUGACUGGAAUGGCUUUCCUUUUGAUUUACAGUCUCUUCCUGUCUGUCUUACUUUCCUCCAAAAGCAAAAACAUUUACUUUUUUUCCCCUCAAAACAGUUGUGAAAUAGUUUGGUUCACUAUGUAGUUUGUAGACAAAUUACAUGUUUUUUCUUCUACGAUUCUCUUAUGGUUUUUAAUGGAUUCCAAAAUGGAAAAAAAUACAUUUGGAAUCCCAAUCUCUCUGUACUUUUACUUUGGUUCAUUUUGAUCAAAUAUGUUCAUUUUGGACUACUUUGAUACUCUUAUAAAGUGAUCAUCUUAAUCUCCUCUCA